UGCGUUCAAGAGCCUAAUUAGGUUUUUCCUAUAUGUUUAUCGAGACGAGAAUCAAUCAAGAACACGAAAUUUGUGGAAAAAGAAAUUGGUGAAGGCAGCUCAUUCAAUAACAGUUCAUUUAAUUUAGGGUUUCAAGGAGAUGAAAAUUUUAGUUUAUAGAGAAAGAAGGCUAUGAGACACAUGGGAACAGCACCCAAGUUCGCUCUCUCUCUCUCCCCCCAUAAAUACACUAACCUCCAUACCCUAAACCCUCUCUCUCAUCUCUUUCUCUGGGUUUGCACAAGCACUGUUCGUCAUAACUAAGAAACUACAUAUGAUCAUGGGUUAUCAGAAGCCAGCAUGGUUGGAAGCUCUCUACGCGAUGAAAUUUUUCGUGCCAUGCUCAAUUCAUGAGACAUCGAAGAAAAAUGAGAAAAAUAUUUGUUGUUUGGAUUGUUGUAUAAGUAUUUGUCCCCAUUGCGUUGUUUCUCAUCGAUCCCAUAGACUUCUCCAAAUUCGACGUUAUGUAUAUCAUGAAGUCGUUCGAUCUGAAGACCUCGAGAAGCUCAUAGACUGCUCAAAUAUUCAGGCCUACACAAUCAAUGCUGCAAAAGUUGUGUUCAUCAAAAGGAGACCUCAAAACAGGCAGUUUAAGGGGUCUGGAAAUUAUUGCACAUCAUGUGAUAGGAGCCUUCAAGAACCAUUCUUCCAUUGCUCUUUAGGCUGCAAGGUUGAUUUUGUCCUUAAACACUACAAGGACAUGUCUCCAUUCCUUAGAGUAUGCAAAACUCUACAGCUUAGUCCAGAUUUCUUCAUCCCUCAAGACAUUGGAGAUGAUGAGACACAACAUUCGACAAUUGUGGACAAAGAUGGGCCAUCGGGCUCAACGUCAGGCUCAUCGGGCUCCGAUAAUAUGAGCUUUAUUUGCACUGAUUUUGUUCGAAAAAAGAGAAGUGGAUUGUUUGUUUGUGGAAGAUUAUUAGCAAAUAAGAUUACAGAAGAGGAAAAUAUGGCCACUAGCAUGAGUAACAGAAGAAAGGGUACUCCUCAUAGAUCACCUUUGUGUUAGAAUAACAAAAACGAAUAAAUUUUUAUUUUAUUUUGAA